AAUCCUUGGAUUUCCAAAAACGUCACAGCAACUAGAAUCCAAUCACAAUAGGUUAGGCCCAAAUUGGAGGCAGAGCAAGAUUAACAGGCGAGAAGAGAGACUGAAGGUGGUGGGUCGCCGCAAAGCGAAAUCGUGGGGUAUUGUAAAAGGGAAGAACAGUCGCGGUGUUUGGGAGGAGCCACAAUUUAAGGAUAUACGUCUUGAUAUGCCUGUGGUGAAAGUGUAUUGUCUGGCCUGAACAUCUUAGAUUGCAUCCUCCAGUGACAUCAAUAUUAUGGAUUUGCAGGGGAUUACAGCAAGAAGGGAGACAAACUGAAAGGGGGGGACAGGGCUGCAAGACAUUGUCUGCUCCCCUCACCCUCACGAUUUGGAGGAGGAGGGGAGGCUGUAUACAGUGAGGAUACCCAGAACUUUCAUACUCCAGCUCUGUUCCUGUCAUUGCCCUUCCUCUUUUGUAUAUUUUACUUUCCCCAUGAUAAAUCCAAUAUUUCUGGCACUAGUAUUUCAGAACUAAUAUGUCUAUUAGCUACUGACAGGUUCACUAUUCCUACCCCACCACUUUUUUGUUGUUGUUGUUUUCUUUCUUGUUCCCUCACAUCAGUUUAUCCCUUUUUCCACUCAUCUCUGUGUGGGGCUAUGCUGCACCCCUUUAAAUCUAACCUCACAUCUUCACGAUGCCUGCAGGAACAACUAAGUCAUUCAAAUUCAGCAAGUACAUACCUGUGUCUGCAGCAACGGUAUUUUUGGUGGGAUCCACAACACUGUUCUUCAUUUUCACAUGUCCUUGGCUCAGCAUGGAGGUGUCCCCUGCUCUUUCUGCCUAUAAUGCUGUUAUGUUUCUUUUUGUAUUGGCCAACUUCAGCAUGGCUACAUUUAUGGAUCCAGGAAUAUUCCCACGAGCGGAUGAGGAUGAAGAUAAGGAAGAUGAUUUCCGGGCUCCUUUAUACAAGACUGUAGAAGUGAGAGCAGUACAGGUCCGUAUGAAGUGGUGCUCAACAUGCCGAUUCUACAGACCCCCUCGCUGCUCCCAUUGCAGUGUGUGUGACAACUGUGUUGAGGAAUUUGAUCAUCAUUGCCCAUGGGUAAAUAACUGCAUUGGACGCAGGAAUUACCGUUACUUCUUCCUUUUUCUGGUGUCUUUGACGUUGCAUAUAAUAAGUGUCUUUAUAUGUGGUUUGUUCUACACCUUGAGGCACCAUGACCAGCUCAGAGAUAUCCCAGCAGCUGCCACUAUCUCGGUAAUGUGUGUGGCAGGCUUGUUUUUCUUUCCAGUGGCUGGCCUCACUGGAUUUCACAUUGUAUUGGUAUCCCGGGGUCGCACAACAAAUGAACAGGUCACAGGAAAGUUCCGUGGUGGAGUUAAUCCAUUUAGCAAAGGUUGCUGCCGUAAUGUGACCCAUGUGCUUUGCAGAUCCCCACCACCUAGGUAUCUGAGGAGCAUUCACACAAAGUCUGUACCCUUGGUAUCACCCCCAUUUUUACGCCCAGAGAUUUCAGAGAACCAGAUUGGCCUUAAGGUUCUGGACAAUGGUGUACAAAGCCAACCCCUGCACUAUCAGUCUCACAGCAGUCUUGAAGUGACGGAAUCUCAAUCAGCUGAUGCAGAUCCACCACCUCCACCAAAACCUGACUUGAGCCGGUACACUGGAUUGAGAGGCCAGCUGAGCCUGGGGGGCAGGGAAGAUUGUGCUCUUUUGAACACAGACAGCCCACCUACUCCUACCAUGUACAGAUACCGUCCAGGUUACAGCAUAGGAGGGAAUGCCCCUUCAGAUGGAAGACAGUUCACUCAUGUUGAAAGUGUACAUGAUUCUCCAAUUCCUACAUCAGACUUAUCAAGGCCCCCUAGCUCUCGCUCUGAACCCAGUCUGGAGCCAGAUCCAUCUUAUCAACCUCCACCUGCUCGCUCUUCAAGUCUGCGAUCUGCCACUGGUGCUACUGGACCAUUACCUUCCCUUUUGUCUGAGGGAACAACCUCCACCUCCUAUAAGAGUUUGAACCAAACACAAAAUGGUAGCCUGUCCUAUCAGAGUUUGCUGAGCCCAUCUGAUGAAACUGAACCAGAAACAGCCGGCUACUCCUCCCCAUACCUAUCAGCUAGAGAGCGUCCCCGACCUGCCUGCCCUCCCCCCAUAACACCGCGCUAUGGCAAGCCACGAAUCAGCCACCACAGAGGAAUAGAAACAGAUGCUUCUCUGCCCCUUUUGUCAGUAAAAGAUGAAAAUCCAGUGAAAUCAACACAAACUCGUAGUAAUGGUCAGGCUACAGUCUCACCUCCUGUCAGCCCAUCUCGUGCCGCAGGUGUAAAAACUGUUUCUGGAGUAGGAGGAACUACAUAUGAGAUUUCUGUAUGAGAGUGUACACAUAAGACAAAGACUGUCAACAAUGUGAUAAACUACCAGUAUGAUCAUCUGAGAUUACUUGCUGUUGACCUCCAUUCUUGCUCCCCAUGUCGUGUGGCACACAGGAAUUUUGGGAUUUAAUUUUUUUUUUUCUUCUAUCCAGAUUGAUAUCGAUUCUCUUUUCACAUGCCUCAUUUUUAUCCAUGGAGUAAAGUUUGGUGGUCUAACAAAGCGGAUCUGUCUCUGAAAUAGUGCCUGUUACUGGGCAGUCUUAUUUGGGCAGAGUUGGUUUUUUUAUUAUUAUUAUUUAUACAGACAAUAAAUCUUCCACUAUCCUUAUCAUCAUGUGGUCCCUAUAAGUAUUACAGGGAACAUAUAUUGCAGCUUAUUUAAUGGUUACUACCUGUAAUAUUACUUGCUGAGAGUUUUAUGGUUGGAAGUUGGUUUUCUUUCCCAAUGGAUGUGUUGAGAUUGGAGACACACUCCUUUUAUCUUUUUAAUGUUUAGAUUUUUUUCUUUUUGGGAGAGAGAAAGGAUCUGCACAAAUGUUAUAAUUGCACACAAACACAUAUAUAUGUGUGUGUGUGUGUGUGUGUACAUAUAUGUAUGUGUGUAUGUAUGUGUAUAUAUAUAUAUAUAUAUAUAUAUAUAUAUUACAGCUGGGGAACAGGCAAUAAAAACCUUUCUCUGUCUCUCGUCUCUCUCAUGAUGGGAAAUUUGGAGAGGAUGCCUUCUUUUUUAUUAUUUUAUUAAAAAUGAAUAAAAUAUCAGAAUGGUGGGAUAUGUUUGUGUGGCAAAGUGCUAUAUAUACAACUUUUCUUUUCACUGCAUUUAUAUUAUAAGCUAUCUGUGACGUGCUGCAAAAUAUGUUAAACACUAUAGGCACAUUCUCAGGGAUAAAUAAAUACAUUAUAAAACAGGAUGUUGAUUUAAGAAGCAAAUAGUAGCUGCACUCACAUGAUAGAGAAGAACUUUUAUGGUGCUGCCAUCUGUUGUAUCGCAGUGAUACCAUAUAUACACUUUUUUAUUUUAUUGUGUAUGUUUCUGCAUUACGUUUUUUUAGGUAAAAUUGUAUUUUAGGUUGGGAAAUCAUUGUUGUCAAACUACAAUUUCGGUAAAUGAUUGUUUAACGAUGUCUACUGUUGCUCAUAUUUUUAAAGGAUUUUUAUUAUUUAGACUUUUUAAAUAUUUUUAUACACAUUCAAGUCACUGUUGCCUCAUUGCUCUCCUAUAAUAUAUAGCAAAUUUAGUGUAAACCAAGAUACAUGAUUAUUUGUUUUUUACUAUUGAAGUUAAACCAACAGUCUCUUCUGUCUGGAAAAUGUAGCAAAAUUCUGCAAUUUAAUUAAACUUACUCAAAGCCAAAUUAGUUUUGUCAUCCUAACAAUUAGUAAAGAUGCUUUAUGGAAAAAAAUAUUAUUUCUUUCCUAAGAUAUGGAGAGUGCACAACACCAUCAAUUACUUGUGGGAAUAUCACUCCUGGCCAGCAGGAGGAGGCAAAGCUGUUAAGUGUCACUCCCCUACCCACAAUCCCCAUUCAUUCUCUUUGCCUCUGUCAAUGGAGGAGUUGAAGUUUGGUGUCUGAAGAAAAUUGGAUUUCUUUUUGCUACAAGCAAGAUUUUUUUGGGUAUAUCAGUAGUCCACGUCAAUCUCUUCAGUAGAGUAGUGGUAGCUUUAAAGCAGUUAUUAACUUGUGAGGUGGGCCUUGCUUUGUUUUGGGCCAUUUUCAGGUUUUUCUGAGCCCGAUCACGUGUCUCCGCCUCCUUCUCCAUCUGAGUAUGGAGCAGUACUAUUUUCGACUGUCUCUGAGUGUCUAGAGACUUGGUCUUUUAUGGGAUCGUUUAUUGCCUAAGUAAUAUUUGCUUGCAGUUCAGUUUUGCUUUAUUAGGUGUUACUCCCUGUCAUAUGGAUGACAGGGCGAUGCUGCUGCUAUUCAACUUGCAGUAUAAUACGCUCGCAAGCAGGUGCAGGAAGUUCAAAAAUGGCAAACAUAACUAUAGAGUUUGUUAGAAAAAAAGAUAAUAAAUAUUAAAGUGCAUAGUAUCAAACGACCCAAGAAGAUCUUAUUUAAUAAAGUUUAGUGACAUUUUUAUCAUGCUCUUGGAACAGGGGUCUGUUCCUAUGAAUAAUUACUUAUCAUGUCCCAAUUCUGUUUACUUUUAAAGUGACAGCACAAUUUUUAAAGUAUUGUAUUUUUAUUUUGUUUGAUCAUGGAGCUAGAGAUCUGCUCCUAUGGACAAAUGUCUGUUAUGCUUUCAAUCAUAAUUGUGUUAAUGCAAUUUUGUUCCUUCUGCUUAAAAAGGACUUUAAAAUUUAAAGAUAAAAUGUUUUGUUUCUGAGCCUCAUGUCUCUCAGGAUCAUGCUGUUUAGGCAUUGCCACAUCUUUCUCCUCAAACGUCCCAAGCCUUAAUGGCUACACAUAUAGUGCCCUGCAUUUCCUCUUAGUAACAUAGUAGAUAAGGUUGAAAACAGACCGAAGUCCAUCGAGUUCAACCUAUACAAAUCUAAAAUACUUACAAAACUCUCCAGUUAAGCUUAAAUAACCCUCUAAAAGGUGACCCAUUUAAAACUAGCAAUCAUAUCCAUGAAUUUUGUUUAUAUACAGAAAUGUAUCCAGACUAUUUUUAAAUGUAUCUAGAGUAUCUUUGUAACGAAAGUUCAUCCUGCUUUGACCUAAUGACCUUACUAAAUUUGGUAUCAUCUGCAAAAAUAGAGAUGUCGCUAUUUAAUCCUUGCUCCAAGUCAUUUAUAAAAAUAUUAAAUAGAACAGGGCCCAGUACUGAUCCUUGGGGGACUCCACUGAUUACCUUUGUCCAAUCUGAGUAUGAUCCAUUUACUACUACUCGUUGCUCCCUAUCUUUUAUCCAGUUAUUUAUCCAUGAGCUAACAUUUUCAGCUAUUCCCAGUCCCUUAAUUUUGUGCAUUAAUCUCUCAUGUGGCACUGUAUCAAAUGCCUUUGCAAAAUCUAAGUAUAUCACAUCAACUGAUAUAUCACAUCCCCUUUAUCUAUAUUUUUUACUUCCUCAUAGAAUCUAAUUAGAUUAGUUUGACAUGAUCUAUUUCUCCUAAAACCAUGCUGAUUAGAACUCAUCUUGUUUACACAAAUAUGCUUGUCAACAUAAUCCGUUAUAAUACCUUCAAAUAUCUUCCCCACUAUUGAUGUCAGACUAACUGGUCUAUAGCUUCCUGGAUCAUCCCUGCUUCCCUUUUUGAAGAGUGGCACCACAUCAGCUUUGCACCAAUCCUGGGGUACAAUGCCUGAGGUUAAUGAGUCUUGAAUAAUAAAGUAGUGGUUUGUUUAUAACAGUGCUAAGUUCCCUGAACACCCUUGGGUGUAUUCCAUCUGGGCCUGGAGUUUUAUUUACCUUAAUAUUAUCCAGUUUUUUCCUGAUAUCCUCUAAACAUAUCCCAGUCUCUUGGAUAAGUUUAUUUGUCUGCAGAAAUUGUUGCACAGGUAUCUUCUGUGGUAUCUGUGGCAUUAUCUCCUUUUCCUAUGUUAAAUGGAAAACGCAAGAGGAAAAUUAGAGAUUCAAAAUUAGGGUGAAAUCGCAGAUUUGGACAGUAUAAUUUCUUUAUCUGAUACUGAAGAAGUAAACUUCAGAUUUAAGCCUGAGGUAUUGGCUACUUUGGACGACUUUGAUUCUCCUGUUGCUGUCAACCCUAGAAAUCUUGUAAACCUAAUAAUUACUAUGAUGUUCCUCCCUCUGUGGAGAUGUUUCCUGUUCCUGACCGUGCAACAGAGAUUUAUUUCACAAGACUGGGAGAAGACAGGGGUACCUUUCUCCUAGUCUCCAACUUUUAAACAAAUGUUUCCUGUCUCUGUCUCCAUUAAAGAUCAUGGCGUACGAUACCUAAAGUAGAAGGGGCCAUUUCUACUCGGGCUAAGAGAACUACGAUCCCUAUAGAGGAGAGCUGCUCUUUUCUGGAUUCUAUGGACAAAAAAGCUGGAGGCUUGUUAAAGAUGUAUGUUCAUCAAGGUUUUCAGAAGCCUUGUCUGAAUCAAUUUGGAUGACUCCUUUGGAGGAGAUCCAAGACAGGAUUGAGGCUCUCAAACUAGCCAAUUCCUUUAUUUCUGAUGUUUCCAUGCAAGCUUUUAGUCUGGGAGUCAAGAUAUCUGGCUUCUCUGUCUUAGCCCACAGAGUGUUGUGGUUAUUUUCUUAGUCAGCUGUCACUAGUAAUUGAUGAUGUCGUGGACUCUCCAUAUCUUAGAAAAGAAAACAAAAUUUAUGCUUACCUGAUAAAGUUCUUUCUCUCCGGAUAUGGAGAGUCCACAACCCCACCCUUAAAUUUAAGACAGUUAUUUUUUAACUAAACCUCCUGCACCUUUACACCUUUGUGUAAUUCCUUUUUCCCUUUCCCUCGAAUGACUGGGGAUUAUGAGAAAUGGAGUGACACUGAACAGCUCUUCGCCGCCUCCUGAUGGCCAGGAGUGAUAUUCCCACUAUUAAUUCAUGACAUUGUGGACUUUCCAUAUCCAGAAAAAAAGAAAUUUAUCAGAUAAGCAUACAUUUUGUUUUUAUGAUUGUUUUAGUAUAUGUGCAUGGUUGCAUCCACCAAUUUUAAAUAUAACUUUCUAUAUAAUUUACCAACUUAUAUCGCCCUUUCAUUUAUAUGUAUAACCCGUGACAUUCAUUCUCUAUUUUCCAGCAGGAUGACUUGAAUUUUUAUGAUAUAUACUGUUUCAAGUGUAGGGUUUUCAUCUGUAUAGAUGAGUAGAGGAUGAAUGUUUACACCAUAUUGUUGCAAUAUUAAGGGUUCUUGCUUGUGUAUUUUCCAGAGACAGAUCACCAAAAUAAUUUUACACAAAUAAGAAAAAAAAGUUUAAACAUUAAA